CGGUACGUGGCCAAGAUGGCGGCGAGGUAGCCCGGAGCGAUCGUGGCCUCUGCAGCGUCUCGCCCGUUCCUCGCGGCGCCAUGGCCACCAUGGAGAAGCUGAUGAAGGCCUUCGAGUCGCUGCGCUCCUUCCAGCAGCAGCAGGGCCCGGCUGCCGUCCCCGAGGAGCCGCUGCACAGGCCAAAGAAAGAACUUUCAACUACCAAGAAAGAUCGAGUGAAUCACUGCCUGACGAUAUGUGAAAAUAUAGUUACUCAAUCUUUAAGAAAUUCUCCAGAAUUUCAGAAACUGUUGGGAAUUGCAAUGGAACUCUUUCUUCUCUGCAGUGAUGAUGCAGAGUCUGAUGUCAGGAUGGUUGCUGAUGAGUGUCUCAAUAAAGUUAUAAAAGCUUUGAUGGAUUCCAGUCUUCCGAGGUUACAGUUGGAACUCUACAAAGAGAUUAAAAAGAAUGGUGCUUCCCGAAGUCUACGAGCUGCACUCUGGCGAUUUGCUGAGCUUGCUCAUCUGGUUAGGCCUCAGAAGUGCAGGCCAUAUUUAGUGAACCUGUUGCCGUGUUUAACAAGAAUAAGUAAGCGGCCCGAAGAAUCCGUACAAGAGACAUUAGCUGCAGCGAUUCCAAAAAUCAUGGCUGCUUUUGGCAACUUUGCAAAUGACAAUGAAAUUAAGGUUUUAUUGAAGGCCUUCAUAGCUAAUCUUAAAUCCAGUUCUCCUACCAUCCGUCGGACAGCGGCAGGAUCAGCAGUGAGCAUCUGCCAACAUUCACGAAGAACGCAAUAUUUUUAUGCCUGGCUAUUGAAUGUACUUUUAGGUUUGUUGGUUCCUGUAGAAGAUGAGCAUCCCACUCUUUUAAUUCUUGGUGUAUUACUCACGCUUAGAUAUCUCAUACCUUUACUGCAGCAGCAAGUAAAGGAUACUAGCCUGAAAGGUAGCUUUGGUGUAACACGUAAAGAAGCAGAGAUUUCGCCUUCACCAGAACAGCUUAUACAGGUUUAUGAAUUGACUUUGCAUUACACUCAGCAUCAGGACCACAAUGUUGUGACUGGAGCUUUAGAACUAUUGCAGCAACUUUUUAGAACACCCCCUCCUGAUCUCCUCCACGCUCUGACCACUUUGGGAGGCAUUGCGCAGGUCAGUGUAUCCAAAGAUGAGUCUAGCAGCAGGAGCCGCAGCGGGAGCAUAGUGGAACUUAUAGCUGGAGGGGGUUCUUCAUGCAGCCCUGUUCUUGCAAGAAAGCAAAAAGGUAAAGUGCUUCUAGGAGAAGAAGAAGGUUUGGAGGAUGAUCCUGAAACACGGUCUGAGGUCAGCACCACAACAUUUACUGCCUCUAUGAAGAGUGAAAUAACCAGUGAAUUGGCUUCUUCAUCAGGUGUAUCAACAGCUGGGUCAGUAGUAAGUUCUGCCACUGAUCCCACUGGACAUGAUAUCAUCACUGAACAGCCACGUUCACAGCAUACUUUGCAAUCAGACUCUGUAGACUUGUCCAGCUGUGAUUUGACCAGUACAGCUACUGAAGGGGAAGAGGAUGACGUGCUUAGCCGAAGUUCCAGCCAAAUCAGUGCUGUGCAGUCAGACCCCACUAUGGAUUUAAAUGAUGGCACACAGGCUUCCUCACCAGUUAGUGAUAGCUCUCAGACUACUACAGAAGGCCCAGAUUCAGCUGUGACCCCUUCGGACAGUUCUGAAAUUGUUCUAGAAGGGGCUGAAAGCCAGUAUUCUGGAAUGCAGAUUGGACAGCUGCAGGAUGAGGAAGAUGAGGCUGCAAACCUUCUCCCAGAUGAAUCUUCGGAGCCUUUCAGAAAUUCAUCCUUUGCCCUUCAGCAACCCCGCUUAUUGAAAAACAUGGGCCAUAGCAGGCAGCCUUCUGAUGGUAGUGUUGAUAGAUUUGCAUCAAAAGAUGAAGCACUGGAGCCUGGUGAUCAUGAGAAUAAGCCUUCUAGAAUAAAGGGUGACAUAGGUCACUACACAGAUGGAAAUUCUGCUCCUCUUGUUCAUUGUGUUCGACUUCUGUCUGCUUCUUUCCUACUUACUGGAGAGAAGGGUGCUUUAGUUCCUGAUAGGGAUGUAAGAGUCAGUGUGAAAGCCUUGGCUGUUAGCUGUGUUGGUGCAGCUGUUGCGCUCCAUCCUGAAUCUUUCUUCAGCAAGCUGUAUAAGACACCCUUGGAAACUAUGGGAGAAGAGUAUGAAGAGCAGUACGUGUCAGAUAUUUUGAACUAUAUUGACCAUGGAGAUCCCCAAAUUAGAGGAGCUACUGCCAUUCUCUGUGGAACAAUUGUCAACUCUAUUCUCAUUAAGUCACGCUUUGAUGUGGAAAACUGGAUAGCAGUUGUCAGAAGUUCAACAGGAAAUCUCUUUUCUCUGGUAGACUGUAUACCUCUGUUACAGAAAACGCUGAAAGAUGAAUCCUCGGUUACAUGCAAACUGGCUUGUGCAGCUGUGAGGCAUUGCAUUAUGAGCUUAUGCAGCGGCAGUUACAGUGAACUAGGCUUACAGUUGAUCACCGACCUCCUUACACUGAGGAAUAGUUCCUAUUGGCUAGUAAGGACAGAACUCCUGGAAACUCUUGCUGAGAUUGAUUUCCGGUUAGUCAGCUUUUUGGAAGGAAAAACAGAUAAUUUGCAUAGAGGAGUUCAUCAUUAUAUUGGUCUGUUGAAACUGCAGGAUAGAGUGCUCAAUAAUGUUGUAAUCUCUCUGCUUGGAGACGAAGACCCAAGGGUGCGACACAUAGCUGCAGCUUCUUUAAUGAGGCUUGUUCCAAAGCUGUUUUAUAGCUGUGACCAAGGACAGGCUGAUCCAGUAGUGGCAGUAGCAAGGGACCAAAGCAGUGUCUACCUGAAACUUCUGAUGCAUGAGACUCAGCCUCCAUCUCACUUUGCAGUGAGCACUAUCACCAGAACGUACAGAGGUUACAAUAUGCUGCAAAGUCCAACAGAUGUCACUAUGGAAAACAACCUUUCCAGGGUUGUCUCUGCAAUUUCCCAUGCAUUGACAACAUCAACUACAAGAGCGCUUACAUUCGGCUGUUGUGAAGCUUUGUAUCUUCUCUCCACAACAUUUCCAGUCUGCACCUGGAGUGUAGGAUGGCACUGUGGGUAUGUUCCUUCAUCAAGUAUACAAGCUUCUAGAAUUCAUAUUUACAAAAGCAGAGGACACUCGUUCAGCAUUUCCCAGAUGAGUCCUUCAGAGGAAUCUCGGAAGAGCUGUACCAUUGGAAUGGCUGGUAUGGUUCUGUCUCUUCUUUCAUCUGCCUGGUUCCCGCUGGAUCUUUCUGCACACCAAGAUGCCUUGAUUUUGACAGGAAACUUGCUUGCAGCUAGUGCUCCCAAGUGUUUGAAAAACCCUUGGACUACUGAAGAAGAUGCUAAUACAGGAGCUGCUAAACAAGAGGAGUCCUGGCCAGCUUUGGCUGACCGAACUCUUGUAACGUUGGUAGAACAGCUGUUUUCUCACUUGCUGAAAGUCAUUAAUAUUUGUGCUCAUGUAAUGGAUGAUGUUACUCCUGGCCCAGCAAUAAAGGCAGCAUUACCUUCUCUCACAAACCCACCUUCUCUAAGUCCAAUUCGGCGGAAAGGGCAAGAGAGAGAUUCAGGUGAACAGACAUCUGUACCAAUGAGCCCUAAAAAGGGUAGUGAAACUAAUCCAGCUGCUAGGCAAACUGAUACUCCAGGACCUGCUCCAGCAAGCAAAUCAUCAUCGCUGGGCAGUUUCUAUCAUCUUCCAUCAUAUCUCAAGUUAUAUGAUGUCUUAAAAGCUACCCAUGCUAACUAUAAGGUCACACUGGAUCUUCAGAACCCUAAUGAAAAGUUUGGAUGUUUCCUGCGAUCUGCUUUGGAUGUCCUCUCUCAAAUUUUGGAACUUGCAACUCUUCAAGACAUUGGGAAGUGUGUUGAAGAGAUUUUGGGGUAUUUGAAAUCCUGCUUCAGUAGAGAACCAAUGAUGGCAACAGUUUGCGUGCAGCAAUUGCUGAAGACUUUAUUUGGGACAAACUUGGCAUCUCAAUACGAUGGCUUGUCUUCCAACCCCAGCAAAUCUCAAGGCAAAGCUCAGCGCUUAGGCUCUUCAAAUUUAAGGCCUGGCCUUUAUCAUUACUGCUUCAUGGCACCGUAUACACACUUUACGCAGGCACUUGCUGAUGCUAGUCUAAGGAACAUGGUACAGGCUGAGCAGGAACAUGAUGCCUCAGGAUGGUUUGAUGUACUGCAGAAAGUUUCAGCACAACUGAAAACUAGCAUUUCAAGUGUAACAAAACAUCGUGCUGACAAGAAUGCUAUUCACAAUCACAUCCGCUUAUUUGAACCUCUUGUCAUAAAAGCUUUAAAGCAGUACACUACAACAACAUCUGUACAGCUGCAGAGGCAGGUUUUAGACCUGCUUGCACAACUCGUUCAACUACGGGUUAACUACUGUCUUCUAGAUUCAGAUCAGGUGUUCAUUGGAUUUGUGCUAAAGCAGUUUGAAUACAUUGAAGUAGGACAGUUCAGGGAGUCUGAGGCAAUUAUUCCUAAUAUUUUUUUCUUCUUGGUAUUAUUGUCUUAUGAGCGGUAUCACUCCAAGCAGAUAAUAGGAAUUCCAAAGAUCAUUCAGCUAUGUGAUGGUAUCAUGGCCAGUGGAAGGAAAGCUGUUACACAUGCUAUACCAGCUCUGCAACCCAUUGUCCAUGAUCUCUUUGUAUUAAGAGGAACAAAUAAAGCUGAUGCUGGAAAAGAACUAGAAACACAGAAAGAAGUGGUAGUGUCAAUGUUACUGAGACUCAUCCAAUACCAUCAGGUGCUGGAGAUGUUCAUCCUAGUACUGCAGCAGUGUCACAAAGAGAAUGAAGACAAAUGGAAAAGGCUGUCCCGGCAAAUAGCAGACAUUAUUCUCCCAAUGCUUGCAAAGCAACAGAUGCACAUAGAUUCCCACGAAGCUUUGGGAGUAUUGAACACUUUAUUUGAAAUUUUGGCUCCUUCAUCUCUCCGUCCCGUGGACAUGCUGUUAAGGAGUAUGUUUGUUACUCCCAAAACAAUGGCAUCAGUGAGCACUGUUCAGCUAUGGAUAUCUGGAAUACUUGCUAUCCUCAGAGUUCUCAUUUCUCAGUCAACAGAGGAUAUAGUUCUGUCUCGUAUUCAAGAGCUUUCCUUCUCCCCAUACUUAAUCUCAUGUCAAGCAAUUGACAGACUACGGCAUGGAGAGAAUGUGUCCACUCCUGAAGACCAAUUUGAGGUGAAACAGGCUAAGUAUAUGCCUGAAGAGACAUUUUCCAGGUUCUUAUUACAGCUAGUGGGCAUUCUUCUGGAAGACAUUGUGCAUAAACAGUUGAAAGUGGAUAUGAAUGAGCAGCAGCAUACUUUCUAUUGCCAAGAGCUGGGCACACUGCUUAUGUGCCUUAUACAUAUCUUCAAAUCAGGAACAUUCAGAAGAAUCACAGCAGCAGCCACCAGGCUUUUUACAGGAGAUGGAUCUGAUGGUAGUUUUUAUACUCUUGAAAGCCUGAGUGGUCUUGUUCAGGCCAUGAUUCCCACGCAUCCAUCCUUGGUACUGCUCUGGUGUCAAAUCCUUCUUCUCGUCAAUUACACUAACUACAGCUGGUGGUCUGAGGUGCAUCAGACUCCAAAGAGACAUAGUCUUUCCAGUACUAAACUGCUCAGUCCUCAGAUAUCUGGAGACAGUGAUGAGUCUGAUUCAGAAUCCAAACUUUGCAUGUGCAAUCGCGAGAUCGUACGAAGAGGAGCACUUAUUCUUUUUUGUGACUAUGUUUGUCAAAAUCUACAUGAUUCAGAACAUUUGACCUGGCUUAUUGUGAAUCAUGUUCAAGAUCUGAUUAAUCUAUCUCAUGAGCCUCCAGUACAAGACUUUAUUAGUGCUGUUCACAGGAAUUCGGCUGCCAGUGGUCUUUUUAUCCAGGCUAUUCAGUCUCGGUGUGAGAACCUCGCAACUCCAACAACUCUAAAGAAGACCCUGCAAUGUCUGGAGGGGAUUCAUCUCAGCCAAUCUGGUGCUGUCUUAAUGUUGUAUGUGGAUAAGCUUUUAUGUACUCCAUUUCGUGUGCUGGCUCGCAUGGUUGACACACUUGCUUGUCGUCGAGUAGAAAUGCUGUUGGCUGCAACCUUACAGAACAGUGUUGCUCAAUUACCAGUUGAAGAAUUGGAUAGAAUUCAAGAAUACCUUCAAAACAGUGGAUUGGGAGCAAGACACCAAAGACUUUACUCGCUAUUGGAUAGGUUUCGUCUUACAGUAGCACCAGACACAAAUAGUCCCUCGCCCUCGGUUACUCUUCACCCACUGGAUGGGGAAAACCAACCAGCCCUAGAGAAUCUAACUCCGGACAAAGACUGGUAUGUGUCGCUGGUCAGGUCACAGUGCUGUGUCAGGUCAGACUCCGCACUGCUGGAAGGUGCGGAACUGGUGAAUAGAAUUCCUCAACCUGAACUGAACUCCUUCAUGACCACUAAGGAAUUCAACUUAAGCUUGUUGUCUCCCUGUUUAAGCCUUGGCAUGAAUGAAAUGUCAGGAGACCAGAAGACCAGUCUCUUUGAAACUGCUCGUCGGGUAACUCUAGAUCAUGUGUCUACCAUUGUACAAAAACUUCCAGCCAACCAUCAAGUUUUUCAACCAUUGCAGCCAAUUGAGACUUCAGCCUACUGGAACAAACUAAGUGAUAUCUUUGGCGAUGUGUUGGUGUAUCAGUCUGUGAUGACACUCUGUCGUGCACUGGCUCAGUAUUUGCUGUUACUCUCUAAACUACCAGCAUGUCUUCGUAUUCCACCUGACAAAGAAAGUGAUAUAUUGAAGUUUGUUGUAAUGUCACUAGAGGCACUGUCAUGGCAUUUAAUACAUGAACAGGUCCCUCUAAGUAUAGAUAUUCAAGCUGUUUUGGAUUGUUGUUGCCUGACUUUGCAGCAGGCUGCUCUCUGGAACUCACUGGCUUCUGCAGUGUAUGUGACGCAUGCCUGCUCUCUUAUUAAUUGUGUGCGAUUUCUAAUAGAAGCAGUUGCAGUUAAACCUGGAGAUCAGCUGCUUAGUCCAGAAAGGAAAAAAAAUACUUCAAAAAUAGUUGGUGAAGAUGAAGUUGAUUCCAAUGACCAGAAAAUGAAGCAUGUUACAAAGGCUUGUGAAAUGGUGGCUGAACUGGUAGAGUGUUUGCAGACUGUUCUAGCAUUGGGACACAUGAGAAACAGCAAUAUCCCAGCAUUCCUCACUCCUGUCCUUAAGAACAUUAUCAUCAGCUUGGCCAGACUACCUCUAGUGAACAGCUACACAAGAGUACCUCCUUUGGUCUGGAAACUAGGCUGGUCACCAAAACCUUUGGGUGACUUUGGUACAGUUUUCCCAGAAAUUCCUGUUGAAUUCCUUCAAGAAAAAGAAAUAUUUAAAGAAUUCAUCUAUCGCAUUAACACACUAGGGUGGACUAGCCGUACCCAGUUCGAAGAAACAUGGGCUACUCUUCUUGGUGUGCUGGUAACACAGCCAAUUGUAAUGGACCAGGAAGAAAGCCAACAAGAGGAGGACACGGAGAGGACCCAAAUUAAUGUUCUUGCAGUACAAGCCAUAACCUCGUUGGUGCUGAGUGCAAUGACAAUACCUGUGGCAGGCAAUCCAGCAGUUAGUUGCUUGGAGCAGCAGCCCCGCAACAAAGCUUUAAAAGCUCUGGAUACAAGGUUUGGGAGGAAGUUAAGUGUUGUUAGAGGGAUUGUGGAACAAGAAAUCCAAGCAAUGGUAUCCAAGAGAGAUAAUAUUGCAACACACCAUUUAUACCAAGCCUGGGACCCUGUUCCGUCACUUUCUCCUGCUACCACAGCGGCUCUUAUCAGCCACGAAAAGCUUUUGCUGCAGAUCAAUACUGAGCGAGAAUUAGGAAACAUGGAUUAUAAACUGGGACAGGUUUCUAUACACUCUGUGUGGCUGGGAAAUAAUAUCACUCCCCUGAGAGAAGAGGAGUGGGAUGAAGAUGAAGAUGAGGAGAAUGACUUGCCUGCUCCUUCCUCACCACCAACUUCUCCUAUCAACUCCAGGAAACAUCGGGCUGGUGUUGAUAUCCAUUCAUGCUCUCAGUUCUUGCUUGAGCUGUACAGUCAGUGGAUAUUGCCGUCAAAUCCUAGCAAGAGAACACCUGUCAUCUUGAUUAGUGAAGUGGUGCGAUCGCUUCUGGCAGUUUCAGACUUGUUUACAGAAAGAAAUCAGUUUGAGAUGAUGUACACAACCCUGACAGAAUUGAGGAAGGUGCAUCCAUCAGAAGAUGAGAUCCUCAUUCAGUAUUUGGUACCUGCCACAUGUAAGGCAGCAGCUGUUCUUGGAAUGGAUAAAGCUGUAGCUGAGCCAGUGAGUCGUCUUUUGGAAUCAACCCUGCGUAGCACGCACAUGCCAAGUCGGAUUGGCGCGCUCCAUGGAAUUCUUUACAUUCUCGAGUGUGACCUGCUUGAUGAGACAGCAAAGCAACUCAUUCCAAUUAUCAGCGAGUAUCUGCUUUCCAAUCUGAGAGGGGUAGCACAUUGUGUGAGUGUCCAUAACCAACAGCACAUCUUGGUAAUGUGUGCUGCAGCAUUCUACUUGAUAGAGAAUUAUCCACUUGAUGUAGGGCCUGAGUUCUCUGCAGGAAUAAUACAGAUGUGCGCCGUUAUGGUGUCUGGGAACGAUGAAUCUACUCCAUCCAUCAUAUACCAUUGUGUCCUGAGAGGACUAGAACGACUCCUGCUUUCAGAGCAACUCUCUAGACUGGAUAGUGAAUCUCUAGUUAAACUAAGUGUUGACAGAGUGAAUGUACACAGCCCCCACCGAGCAAUGGCAGCACUGGGGUUAAUGCUGACCUGCAUGUAUACAGGAAAGGAGAAAAUUAGUCCAAGUCGUGCUACAGAUGCAAAUCCCACAGCCCCAGACAGUGAAUCCGUUAUUGUGGCUAUGGAACGGGUAUCUGUUCUUUUUGAUAGGAUCAGGAAAGGAUUUCCUUUUGAAGCUAGAGUAGUUGCACGAAUCCUCCCUCAAUUCCUAGAUGACUUCUUUCCUCCACAGGAUGUAAUGAAUAAAGUUAUUGGAGAAUUUUUAUCCAACCAGCAGCCAUACCCUCAGUUCAUGGCAACUGUAGUAUAUAAGGUAUUUCAGACACUACAUACCACUGGACAGUCAUCGAUGGUCCGUGACUGGGUGAUGCUUUCUCUCUCCAACUUCACCCAGAGAACACCUGUUGCUAUGGCAAUGUGGAGUCUUUCCUGUUUCUUUGUCAGUGCUUCCACCAGUCAGUGGAUUUCAGCAAUUCUUCCACAUAUUAUCAGCAGAAUGGGAAAAUCAGAACAAGUGGAUGUUAAUCUUUUCUGUUUGGUGGCCAUCGAUUUCUACAGACAUCAGAUAGACGAAGAGCUAGACCGGAGAGCCUUUCAGUCUGUGUUUGAGGUUGUGGCAUCGCCAGGAAGCCCCUAUCAUUGUCUGCUAACUUGUUUGCAAAAUGUUCACAAGAUCACAGCAUGCUAAACACCCUGGUGUUUCAUAGUCAACUGGAUGUCUUGCAUUGGAAUCUGGCAUGAAUGUUUGGAGGAACAUAAAGAUUCAGAAAGCAGCUGGUGUUUGCACUUGUAAUAAUGUGAACUGGUUGGUUUUUAUUUCCAUGAUACUUUUGCAUGGAGGAUAAGCACUCUGCACCACAGAGAAUCACAGGGAAGGUAUAAGGGAACACUUCUAUUGACAAUGGGCAACAGUGGUGAAGGGAAAUAUGUACAUAUGUUCAAAGUAAUGUUUGGAACUAAUCUAAGAGGCCAUUACUAACUGUAAGAUAUGGGUGAGUACAACAUGCAGGUAACCGGGUAUUGCUCUUUCUAAUGUUCAACUUAAGUCAUCGUAUUGCUGCUGGUAUUGAAACUUUGGCAGAAAUCCUGUCUCAGUGCAAGCUGCACUCAUUAGAAACCAUUAAAGUUUUAUGUAGAUAUAUACAUACCAUGGUGUAGUACAGAUUAGAAGUUGUUUCCUAAUGUCUCUCCUAAACAAAGAACAGAGAAACCAGUUUUCACGAAUAACACUCCCAGCAUGUAGUUCUUCUAUUUCUGGACUCUAAUCCCCUGUGGAGUGUGUGUCGGUGUGGGGGCUGUAGUGCGCAGACAUAACCACACUUUUUUUUUCUUCUCAGGAUUUAAAAUGUGAGUACAAUAGAUCAGCCAGAGAAAUUUUAACUUAAAUAUUUCUAUAUUAUGUAAAGUAUGUACAAUUGUAAAACGUGUGGUGCAUGAGAUGUGCUGUAUUUUUGAGAUGAAAAAAGCCAGGCUGCUGAAUGUCUUGACACUUACAUUGCCCUCAUUUUCUCAUUGUGCAUUUAGCAUCAUUUUCUUUUUGAAAAUCCAUCAUAAUGUCCAGAUUACACUUUGUUUUACCUUUCACAUUUUUUGUAAACACUUUUAAAACUGGAAUUUAUUGGCUAGUUUGUGUUGUGAAGUUGUAUUAAGGAGGCAUUUUUGUGAUCCAUUUUCUUGUGGCUUCUUUUGAGCUUUAUUUUGAGAGAUAAAGUUGAAAGAGAAGACUCAACACCUAGGAUCAGCCCUUUGUGUAUUUAAGAAGCUGCUUACAUCUGCUGCACAGCUUUUUUUAAAGAGAUUGAAUGAUGCAAGCUCCCCAGUAGCCAAUAACUGACCUUUUUUCUUUCAUAUUAACUGAAACCAUGGACUCCUUUGAUAUAGACUAUCCUAAGCCAAUUUAUGGUGGCAGUUAAGAAAUCAGAAGUCUGCUGUAGUCUACUCUGGGACUGGCUAAAGUGUUAGAUUAUACAACCUCUUUCAUUAACUGUUGUAUACAUGCAGUGUUUGUUACACAGCAUGAAUAUCUAUAAGUUUUGCAAAUUCUGCUUUGACCCCACACUUAGAGCACCUAGUUGAUUUUAAUAAGAUGUACAUGGAGAAAUCUAGGGCAGUAUUUGUUCCUAACUGUAUUUGCUAUAAUUCUUUGAUAUACAGGUCAUGCAUUGGUUCUCAGCUACAUGGCUAUAUUUAAUCUCUAUGUUUUUUUCAUCAACACCUUUUGAUGACACCUCAAUAGUGAGAGAGUAUUAUCAGGAGGAGCAUGUACUGUAUGUAUUUCUGUAUAUAAUAUAUAUGUAAAGUUAUACACAUGUGACUACAUUUAAUGUAUACAAAUGUGUAUAUUUGUAUUUAUUAAAUUUGUGGAUUUAAACUAAUUCAAAUUCCUAGACCAAAAACAGUGGUUUCUGCCUGUUACUUGAUUAAAUAGGAAUUGCCCACUGUUGUUACUUACUCGUAUGAUCUAAAACUAAUAAUAGGGACAGGAGAAAUAACUAAGACUUCUCUGUAUGUAGCUGCUCUACAAGACUUGCUAGAUCUAGAGCAGGUAGUUCUGCCCUUUGUUGGGUUCCUCUUUGUUCUUGGGCCACACCACUGUGGCGACUUCAGUUUCCUUUUAAAAACAAAACAAAACUGAAGUUCAGGUUCAGUUAAAUAGAUGUUAAAUUUUGGGGUUAUAGUAGAAAUGUAUUACCAUUCUGGUAAGAGACCCAUUGCCAUGGCAGCAAUUUUAAAUAAUGCCCUUCACUUGCAGUGAAAGGUCAUUAUAGAUUACUGUUCCUUUUUGUAAUCACCAGUAGUAGUUUACUACUGCAGAGCCACACGAGUCCAUUUUUGUACAAUAAAUAGUUUAAGAUGAUAUUUUUAUAAGCUAUUUUCCAAAAUUUAAAAUAGACUUUAAUAUAUUUUAAAGCAUCUGACUGGUCGCAUUCGGUCUGUGUAACACUAUACUUUGUGUCAUGCACUGAUAGAUCUUUUUUAUUUUAAUCUCCUCAUAGGUAAUACAGCAUCAUUGUUCAGUUUGUCUCGAGAUGGAGGCUGGCCAGCCAUCCUUAAUGAAAUUUCUGAACAUGAAAUUGAGUCUUGCCAUUGUAUCUUUACAGCCAGUAAAAGGAGCAUGUUUAGCUAAGCGCUCAACAUGUGAUGCACAACAGCAUGCGAUUCAUUCCCUCCCCUCAGUACUGUUGCUGGCAUUUGAUAGGAUGUCUGUGUUGCAUACUGUCAGCCAAGAGUAAUACAGCUGACUCUGAUCUAUCCUUGAGUUUAGUUGAAAGUAAUGUUAACCAUUCAACUCAGUUUUACCCCUUCAUGAAGAUUUGUCCUGGCAGACCUAAAGCAACAUUUUCUUUGUGUCUGUAGUUCAUCCCUCUUUAGAGAUGCACCUCCCUUUUCAGAUGUUGCAAUGGGCCUGAGGACCCAUGCCUGUAAGGCUUACAUUUAACCUUUCUGUUUGGUGCAUGUUUUCUUCCUUCUGUUUUUUUAAGAGAAAACGAUCAUUUUAGUAUUAAUUGUUUUAAAACUUGUGCAGUUCUGAAAGCAGGCUUCCAUAAUUGCUUCAUGGUCUAGUUUCUGUGUCUAAUUGCAUAACAAAAUCACACAUGGUCUUAUGAUCAGCGUGCUAUUUUUAGAAAGAAAAUCUGUUAGAUUUUUUUUCCUGUUCAGUUAUGAUGUAUAUACAUCUGUGUCAAAAUAGCUUGUCCCCCUUUAAUAUGUGAUAACAGUAGCAUGACACACAUCCUCCUUGACAUGUAGUUGGUUUUGGAAAUUUAAAUACUAGUGGUUUUUUAAUUGAGAACAGAGGAACGAAUAUGAUAAAAUGUAGGACACACAUCUCUGGUAUUCCAGUGAAGUAAACAUGCAACAUUUAGCCUGUUCUGCAGUAUUAAAAUGCAAAUAAACAAAAAUCUCCCUUCAAGAUAAUGAAAUAGUUUGUAGUACAGCUAACCAAAUACAUCUGAAAAAAGAAGAAUACCUUGCUGUACUGUAAGUGAGCUGCAGUGGAAGGACCUGCACUCCCAAUGUAUAGUGUAGCUUCCUUUGAGACUACUGGAUCUUGCCUGUGAGGUUUUUUAAAGCAAACAAAAACAAAAAAACCUUUGGACAGAUAUAACUGAGCUCAGUGAAGUUAGGUUAUAGUGACUUGCUUUUCAACACUUUUUUAUUUUUUCCCUUGCAUGGAAUGCAAUGGGAAAUUCAAAAUACCUUGUGUUUUAAAGCAACUUGUAUAAUGGGAAAUAAAGGGUCUUUAUUUGUGACUCAAGACUUUAACAGUUCAGGUUGUCUAUAAGUGUUAUUUAAAGUUCUUCCACUUUUUGUCCCUUGUGGCCUAUAGCCUUCCAGCUUUCAUUAUUUCUGUAUUACUAUGCCUUGGUGAAAUUCCUUGUCAGGGGUUAAAUUUGAAGUUCACUAAAUGACACAAACAUAUUGCCUAAAACAAGGAGUAUCAAAUGACCUGAUCUAGGUUCAGCUUGAAAAAAUUGGCCAACUGUUGGGUUAAAAGUAAAUUCUAAUUUGGUAAUUCAUCAUCAAAAACAUUGCCUUGUUUAAAACAGAAUGACUCCAAACUCAUCUAGCAGAUAAGGAAGUUGUGUCAAAAACACUAAGAAGGCGGUUCUCCAAGAGCAGCAGACCUAAAUCUUCAUCUGGUUUUGCAGAUCUGUCAUGACUAAACACUAUCCAGUUAUGCCUCCUGAAUGCAAAGAAACAGUUGGGUGCAGUGAGCAAUAAGUAUAGCAAUAAGUAGUCUAAUAAGAUUUAGUUGAUCAGGACUUUACCCACCAAUUAGGUAAGGGAUAAAAGCUGCUUCAAGCAUACCAUUGCAUUAAACACAGUUUUGUUUUCUUAUAAAGCAAGCCCCCCAACUCUGCUUUGCCCUAAACAUACAAACAAACUAGGAAUGACAGUGGUAGAUGUUUUGCUCUUACCUUUUUUAAAAAAAAAGUGCCAGUAUGUUAUAGAAAGAAAGCAAUUGAAAAACAUUAGCAACAAAGGUAUUUAGGUAAUUACCUUAGUUUUUUUUCCAAAUACAAAAAGUUUAACUGUAGUAAAAGUGGAGACUCCAUGCACCAGCUGUUCAGAUAAAUUUGAAACAAAGAUUUGGAAGUGAAGCUGAGAUCCAAUGUGCUCAUUUUUAUUUACUCUUCAAAAUUCAGGUGAAAUUUUUUUGUGCACGUUUAAGCAGUUCAAGGUUAGUAAUACUAACAAGUCAUACCCAAGAGAGCAUCUAUGUUGUAUCAAGCUUUGGUGAAUUAAGGCUAGCUGGACAUGAAUGCUGUGGAAGCAUUUGUGAGGCAUGUACUGCUUUUUGUCACAUGCAUUUUGUGUGGGCUUGUCAUCGGUACAUCAGUCUUUGUCUCUACAUAAUGUUCAGUUGGAUCAUCCUAGCAAAUGCAGGAUAUGAUGAACUGCAUACCACACAAGUCCCAUGGUGCUGUCUUGUCUGGGUUGAGGGCUAUGAUGGGCAAAAGCUUGGAGCCCCAAUACCAAAAGCAGCUGUAUUCGAAUUAAAAGGCAGGAAUAUAAUUUUAGAUGUGUUUUUAAAUACAAAAAUAUUUGUUGAACAUAUUGCACAUCAAAACUAAAGAGAAAAUAAAAUAUAAAUUGUU